AUGGCUACCACAACGGCACCACCCAUGCCCAACAUUGGCGGGCUACUGGCACCCAUCUUGCCCGCAUUGCCUCCUGCUUCUAUCUCCAGACAGCCAGCGAUUGGCGUAUUACCGCUGCUUAGCCCGAUUCUCAGGCAAAGGGUCCAACUUCUUUCCGAGUCCAGCACCGAGCCCUGGCUUCGUCUGCUUGCCUACGAUACAGACAAGGCCGCACGACUAAACGAGAUCGUCCAGAGUGGCAGACUAGAGCCGCAUCCUGUAUCGGGCGAGGUCGAGGUGGACUGGGAGUAUGACGCCAAGACCAAGUACAGGCGGCUCGAUCUCGAGACUUUGCAAGCACUCGUUGUGUUAGAGGAACUCGAGUUGUCUUUUCGCCUGAUUUACUGCGUCGGCGACAAGGACGGUGGCGGCGACGGCUGGAGAAUCGGCGAGGUCAGCGUUGUCGACAAGACGUCUCCAUUCGGUGACUUCGGUGGUUAUUCGACCAUCGCCGAGGCUGAGAAGGCACACGCAGACGAGAAGGCCUCAUGGACGACCAGCGCGAAGGCUCCGGCGGCCACCUCCAGCCAGGAGGUUGACGAGGACGAAGACGACGGCUACUGGGACCGGUAUGAUGCGACGCCUGCCCGCACGCCUGCCAACCAAACACCGGCCGUCAAGCGUUCGCCUGCACCUCAAGCAAUGCAGGCGUCGCAGCUGGGCCAGUUCCGAACGGACUCGGCGGAAGAUGCCUACUACGCGCAAUAUGAUUCAGUGCAGCCAGCAAUGGACGCUCACGAUCCUGACGAGGAGGUUGAGGGUUUCGAUGUCGCUCCGCCUUUGGGCCUGGGCGCUGUUGUUAACCAAGACAAUUCCGAGCCGGGCUUCGCCGACACCAACGGCUCUUGGACCAUGGCCGAGCCGCCGCGGUCCCCCUCAAUCCACAGCCAAGACGAGGACCGGGCGGCUGUGCUUCUACACCCGCGUCCGGCCUCGAGCGCAAGCAGCAACGGAAGCCGCAUGGUCGAGAAGCUCGAGGAGACUGCUGAAAAGCAAGGCGCGAAUGAGUUCGGUGUGAAGCAGCAUGUGUCGAGGAGUAUUCACAACCUGUUCCUGCUGGCGCGCUCGUCCGGUAUCGACAGGGAGGAAUUUGAGCGUCUGGUCAAGACCGAGUUGGACGUGCUCGGCAUGAUCGAGGACAACUAG